UCUGCCUUCCAGCUCCCACCGAGCCCCAGCACCAUGGACGAGUGGGACCUGCCCCAGUGGAAGAAGGAGGUGGAGAGCCUGAAGUACCAGCUGGCCUACAAGAGGGAGAUGUCCUCCAAGACGAUACCCGAGUUUGUGAAGUGGAUAGAAGACGGCAUCCCUGAAGACCCCUUCCUGAACCCGGAGCUGAUGAAGAACAACCCCUGGGUGGAGAAAGGGAAGUGCAGCAUCCUCUGAGGGUGGGCGCUGCGCAUUAACACUGAAUGUACACUUUUUUAUUAGCUAGCUUCCUAAUAUGACUAACUAAUAUGAAACA